UGCUACCUGCUGACUGUAAGGAUCAUCCGUAUGAGAAAUCUCCAGCGAGUGGACACCUUGACCCAGGCGGAUUGCUACGUGUCGCUGUGGCUGCCAACUGCCACACGGGAAAGGUCCCGCACUAAAACUGUGAGAAACUCCAACAACCCGGUGUGGAAUGAAACCUUCUACUUCAGGAUCCAAAGUCAGGUCAAGAAUGUACUGGAGCUGACAGUGUAUGAUGAGGAUUUUGCUACUCCAGAUGAUCAUCUCCUCUGUGCGCUCUUUGAUGUUGCCAAACUUCCAAUUGAAAGAACAGUGAUCCUGUAUUUUAAGCCUAGUCCACAGGCCAAGGAGGAGCUAGAGGUUGAAUUCAAAUUGGAGGCUGCUUCUGGUCCUCAUGAAGUCAUUGCUACCAAUGGAGUCGUGGUGUGUCGUGAACUUUGUUGCUUGGAAGUUGAGGUGGCAGAGAAGAUGCAGCAAAAAUCAAAGAAAGAGCUUUCCCUCACUGUGAAGGGCUCCUUUGAGGGGACACAGGAUAUCACGCUGGGCCCCGACGGAGUGGCCAGCCCGUCGGGUCCCACCAAGUUCCACUACAUCAAGUAUGCGGAGCCGACGCUGGACGUCAUGUUGCCAAAGAAGAGACGUUAUCACCCUGUAUCUCCACUCAACUCAGUUCCCUUUGUGUAUCUUCAUUUACAAACACAUAAUUGUUCGUGCCACCAAGACCUGGACAUGCGCUUUGGGUUUAACUUAUGUUCGGAGGAGAUGGCUUUCCUGGGGAAAAGAAAGAAAUAUGUAGCAAGUGCCCUAAAAAAUGUUUUUCACCUACAACAGGAUCUUCAGGAUUGUGAAGUCCCAGUUGUGGCUAUCAUCACGACAGGCGGAGGGCUGAAGUCAAUGACAGGACUCUAUGGCAGUCUCAUGGGACUCAAGAAAUUAAAUCUCCUGGACUGUGUGACAUACAUCAGUGGGCUGUCCGGCACCACAUGGACCAUGGCCAACUUAUACAGAGAUGCCUACUGGUCCCAGAAGGACCUAGACUGGCAUAUUGGUGAAGCCCAGAAACAUGCAACCAAGUGCAAGAUGGGCUGUUUCUCCAUGGAUCGCAUGAAGUACUACAACAAGCAACUUUGUCAGCGGAAAGAAGAGGGAUACAGGACAUCAUUUAUAGAUCUUUGGGGGCUCAUGAUUGAGUACUUACUGAAUGAUGGGAAAGACCCCCACAAACUUUCAGAGCAGCAAGAAGCCCUGUGUGAUGGCCAGAACCCACUGCCCAUCUAUGUGUCGGUCUGCGUCCGGGACAACUACAGCACCAAUGAUUUCAAAGAGUGGGUGGAGUUCACACCCUAUGAGGUGGGACUGCUGAAGUACGGCGCCUUCGUUCGCACAGAGCACUUCGGAAGCGAGUUCUUCAUGGGACGCUUGUUAAAAAAGGUCCCCGAAUCCCGGAUCUGCUACCUUCAAGGUAUGUGGAGCAGUAUAUUUUCUGUGAACCUAUUACAAAUAUGGGGACUGUCCCACAGUUCAGAGGACUUCUGGAAGAGAUGGACACAAGACAGAAUAGAAGAAGUCGAUGAAGAGCCAGUGUUGCCCACACGACCCCAUGAGCUGAGGACUCGCAUGUACACCCCUCCUGGCCCCCUGGCCAGCUUCCUUCGGGGAGCAUUGACUGACCGCUUCUCUGUCGCCCAGCACCACAACUUCCUGAAGGGCUACCAGCUGCAUAACAACUACAUGGAGAACGAGCACUUCUGUCGUUGGAAAGACACUGUAUUAGACUCACGUCCCAACCAGCUGGUGCAAAAUUCUGAUCAGCUGGGCAUGAUAGAUGCUGGAUUUUUCAUCAAUACCAGCAGUCCACCACUUUUAAGGCCACAGAGGGAAGUGGAUGUCAUCAUAUAUUUAAGUUAUACUACUGGAUCACACACGUCGACUCUAGAUAAGGCAUACAAAUACUACUCGGAGCAGAAAAUCCCAUUCCCCAAAAUUUCUUUGACUGAUGAAGAUAAGAAAAAUCUGAAGGAAUGCUACCUCUUCCAAGAUUCAGAUGUGCCAGGAUGUCCCAUCGUGAUUUUUCUUCCCCUUGUGAAUGAUACCUUCCGAGAGUACAAAGCACCUGGUGUCAAGCGCUGUUGCUCGGAGAUGGAGGAAGGACAACUUGACUUGACCAGUCGCUGUUCCCCCUACUGCAUGUUCGCAGUCAGGUACACGGACGAGAAUUACCGCCGGCUGCUGAAACUCAGCGAAUACAACAUCCUGAACAACUCGCAAAUGAUCAUGCAAGCCUUGCAGAUAGCCAUGCAAAGGAGAAGGCAAAAAAUGUGCUGA